GCGGCGGGAGAGGAGGGGAGAGAGGAGAGGGAGCGGAGAGAGGAGCGGCGGACGCGCCGGGGCCGCCCGGGAGAGGCGCGGCGGCGGGAGCGCCCCGCACUGCCCGCAUCCCCAGCACGCCCCGCAUCCCCCGCCGCCACCGCUCGGCAGCAGCAGCGGCACCGCGCCGGGGUCCUGCCCUCCAACAGUUCCCGCUCCGCUUUCAGGGAGGAGGGAGGUGUAGGGGACAAGGCUUUUUUUUUUUUUUUCUUUUUUUUUUUUUUUUCUUUGAGGGGAUGCUGAGAAAGCAAGCCGUUCCCCUCCCGUGUAGCACAUUGCCUGGGCGUUCCUAUUAUGGAAGUUAAGUGAGAAACUCUGCAGCUUGAACUGAUUUGGGGAGAGAAAGGGGUAGGGGGAGGGCGAGAGGAAAGCAAGAUAGCUGAACCAAGCCAAUGGUUUUCCUGCAAAGUGCCGGGAAGUUUGUGGAGCACUUUCUAGGAAUCAGGUCCUUUCUCAGAGUCUCUCCUUGUCUUCCGAAGAAAGAGCUGGCUUUUGGAUUGCCAUGGAUCCUAAAGAGAGUCUUAGACACACUUGAAUAAUUCCUCUGCUCAGGCUGGAUUGGUGGGAAUUUAGGAAGGAGCGUGUGUGCAAAGCAGAAGCCGCCGGAGCUCGCUCGCUGCUCUAAUCUGUAUGGAUCUAAAAGUGUCACAUUCAAGACCUUUGCAUCUGCAGCUUUUGAUUUCAAGAUUUCCCUUUCCACUUUAAGUAGCUGCUAGGAAACUGAAAACUUUUGGACCUACCUCUUACUGGCUUUGGAUACUUCUUUUUUUUUUUUUUUUUUUUUUUUUUUUAAUCUCUGUGGAAUUAGUCUCGCAAGCGAUCGGGAUUGCUUUUACUAUGUCAAAAUGGGUCUGCUGACGCCACUCCUGCUCUUCGGAUUUGCAUUUUUUCAAGUCUAUGGAUCCCGUCUCCGCCAGGAGGACUUUCCACCGCGGAUCGUUGAGCAUCCUUCGGAUGUGAUAGUGUCCAAAGGAGAGCCAACAACCCUGAACUGUAAAGCUGAAGGACGGCCGACUCCCACCAUCGAGUGGUACAAGGAUGGCGAGCGAGUGGAGACGGACAAGGACGAUCCGCGCUCCCACCGCAUGCUGCUGCCCAGCGGGUCUUUAUUUUUCUUGCGCAUCGUGCACGGACGCAGGAGUAAACCUGACGAGGGAAGUUACGUCUGCGUAGCGAGGAACUAUCUCGGGGAAGCUGUGAGUCGCAACGCGUCUCUGGAAGUGGCAUUGCUACGGGAUGACUUCCGCCAAAACCCUACAGACGUUGUGGUGGCAGCUGGGGAGCCUGCCAUACUGGAGUGCCAGCCACCUCGAGGACACCCCGAGCCUACCAUCUACUGGAAGAAAGAUAAAGUCCGUAUCGAUGACCGGGAGGAGCGAAUCAGUAUCCGUGGUGGGAAGCUGAUGAUCUCCAAUACGAGGAAAAGCGACGCGGGCAUGUACACCUGCGUCGGGACGAACAUGGUGGGGGAGCGAGACAGCGACCCCGCGGAGCUGACCGUCUUUGAGCGGCCCACGUUUCUCAGGCGACCGAUUAACCAAGUGGUGCUGGAGGAGGAGGCCGUGGAUUUCCGGUGCCAGGUGCAGGGGGAUCCCACGCCCACAGUCCGGUGGAAGAAAGAUGAUGCAGAUUUACCGAGAGGAAGGUAUGACAUCAAAGACGACUACACCCUGCGCAUUAAGAAAGCCAUGAGCACGGACGAAGGAACCUACACCUGCAUUGCUGAGAACAGAGUCGGAAAAGUGGAAGCCUCUGCUACCCUCACUGUGCGAGCUCGCCCCGUUGCUCCCCCACAGUUUGUGGUGAGACCACGAGACCAGAUUGUAGCCCAGGGUCGAACAGUGACUUUUCCUUGUGAAACUAAAGGAAAUCCCCAGCCAGCUGUUUUCUGGCAAAAAGAAGGAAGUCAGAAUCUACUCUUCCCAAACCAGCCUCUCCAGCCCAACAGCAGAUACUCCGUGUCACCGACCGGAGACCUCACCAUUACCAACAUCCAGCGGUCGGAUGCGGGAUACUACAUUUGUCAGGCACUGACGGUUGCUGGAAGCAUUUUAGCAAAGGCUCAGCUGGAGGUUACUGAUGUCUUGACAGAUAGGCCUCCACCCAUCAUCCUCCAGGGACCCAUCAACCAGACACUGGCAGUGGAUGGCAUGGCUUUGCUGAAGUGCAAGGCCACUGGUGACCCCCUUCCUGUCAUCAGCUGGUUGAAAGAAGGAUUCACCUUCCUGGGCCGAGAUCCUCGGACGUCCAUACAGGACCAGGGGACGCUUCAGAUCAAAGCGCUGCGGCUGUCCGAUACUGGGACUUACACUUGUGUGGCUACAAGUUCCAGUGGGGAGACGUCUUGGAGUGCUGUGCUGGAGGUGACAGAAUCCGGUGGAGCAACAGUCAGUAAAAAUUAUGAUAUAAAUGACCUCCCUGGGCCACCAUCCAAACCUCAGGUCACUGAUGUCACUAAGAACAGUGUCACCCUGUCCUGGCAGCCAGGGACCCCUGGAAGCCUCCCAGCCACUGCAUAUAUCAUUGAGGCUUUUAGUCAGUCUGUGAGCAAUAGUUGGCAGACAGUGGCAAACCACGUGAAGAGCACCCUGUACACUGUGAGGGGCCUGCGCCCCAACACCAUCUACCUGUUCAUGGUGAGAGCCAUCAACUCACAAGGCCUGAGUGAUCCCAGCCCUAUGUCAGAUCCUGUCAGAACACAAGAUAUCAGCCCACCAGCACAAGGUGUGGAUCACAGGCAAGUCCAGAAAGAACUGGGAGACGUCAUUGUACGGCUGCACAAUCCUGUUGUGCUGACCCCCACGACAGUUCAAGUCACCUGGACGGUUGACCGGCAAUCCCAGUUUAUUCAGGGCUACAGAGUGAUGUACCGCCAAACGUCUGGCCUGCCUUCCCCAGCUGUGUGGCAGAAUUUGGAGGUCAAAGUCCCCACUGAGCGCAGCGCUGUCCUCGUCAGCCUGAAAAAGGGGGUCACUUACGAAAUUAAGGUUCGCCCUUAUUUCAAUGAGUUCCAAGGAAUGGACAGUGAAUCAAAGUCCGCUCGUACCACAGAGGAAGCUCCAAGUGCCCCUCCUCAGUCUGUUACUGUCCUGACAGUUGGAAGCCACAACAGCACGAGCAUCAGCAUCUCCUGGGAUCCUCCCCCUCCAGAUCACCAAAAUGGGGUCAUCCAGGAGUAUAAGAUCUGGUGCCUAGGUAAUGAGACUCGAUUUCAUGUCAACAAAACAGUAGAUGCAGCCAUUCGGUCUGUAGUAAUAGGUGGCCUAUAUCCAGGUAUCCAGUACCGCGUGGAAGUUGCUGCAAGCACCAGUGCAGGUGUGGGAGUAAAAAGUGAGCCACAACCCAUAAUAAUUGGAGGUCGUAAUGAAGUUGUCAUCACCGAAAAUAACAACAGCAUAACUGAGCAAAUCACUGAUGUUGUCAAACAGCCUGCCUUUAUAGCUGGCAUCGGUGGUGCAUGUUGGGUGAUUCUGAUGGGUUUCAGCAUCUGGCUGUACUGGCGAAGAAAGAAGAGGAAGGGGCUCAGCAAUUAUGCUGUUCAGUCCUUCACCUUCACCCCUGCAGAGUCCAGUCUUCCUACUGCACUGCUGAACCAGUCCUCAUGCUCAGUCACUUUCCAAAGAGGAGAUGGAGGACUAAUGAGCAAUGGAAGUCGACCAGGUCUGUUGAAUGCAAGUGACCCCAGUUAUCCUUGGCUUGCAGACUCCUGGCCUGCCACAAGUCUGCCAGUAAACAAUAGCACUAGUGGACCCAAUGAUCUUGGCAAUUUUGGUCGUGGAGAUGUGCUGCCACCAGUGCCAGGGCAAGGAGAUAAAACUGCUACUAUGCUUUCUGAUGGAGCCAUUUACAGCAGCAUCGACUUCACCACGAAAACUAGUUACAACAGUUCCAGCCAAAUAACGCAAGCCACGCCAUAUGCCACCACCCAGAUACUGCAUUCCAACAGCAUCCAUGAGUUGGCUGUUGAUUUACCUGAUCCUCAGUGGAAAAGCUCAAUUCAGCAAAAAAAUGACCUGAUGGGAUUUGGUUACUCUCUCCCAGACCAAGGCAAAGGCAACAAUGCCUUGCUUUACAUCCCUGACUACCGGGUGGCUGAGGGACUGGCUAAUAGAUUGCCACACAACCAGUCACAGGAUUUCAGCACCACCAGCUCCCACAACAGCUCCGAAAGGAGUGGCAGCCUCUCAGGUGGCAAAGGAGGGAAGAAGAAGAAAACCAAAAAUACUGCCAAACCCCAGAAAAGUAAUGGUUCAAACUGGGCCAGUGUUCCCCUCCCACCCCCUCCUGUGCAGCCACUUCCAGGCACAGAGCUGGAACACUAUGGGGUGGAUCAGCAAGAAGCAGGAUACGACAGUGAUGGUUGGUGUCCGCCUUUGCCAGUUCAGACCUACCUACAUCAGGGCAUGGAGGAUGAGCUUGAAGAAGAUGAUGAUCGUGUUCCCACACCUCCUGUCCGAGGAGUAGCUUCAUCACCUGCCAUCUCCUUUGGGCAACAGUCGACUGCAACCCUCACGCCUUCCCCACGAGAGGAGAUGCAGCCAAUGCUUCAGGCUCACCUUGAUGAAUUAACAAGGGCUUACCAGUUUGAUAUAGCAAAGCAGACAUGGCACAUCCAAAGCAAUACACAACCUCCUCAGGCUCCCGUUCCGCCCCUAGGAUAUGUAUCUGGAAACCUUAUUUCAGAUUUGGAAACAGAUGUUCCAGAUGAGGAUGACGAUGAGGAUGAUAUUGAAGAAGAAACUGUAGAAAUCAGUAGGCCACUAAGAGGUCUAGAGCAUACUCCAGGCUCCAGUAUGGACAAUCUAGACAGCUCUGUGACAGGCAAAGCAUAUUCUUCCUCUCAGAGACCUCGGCCGAGCAGUCCUUUUUCUACUGACAGCAACACCAGUGCAGCUGUCAAUCAGGGUCAGAGGCCGAGGCCCACCAAAAAACACAAGGGAGGACGGUUGGACCAGCCCCCUUUGCCUCAUCGUAGGGAGGGAAUCACAGACGAUCUUCCACCACCACCCGACCCGCCCCCCGGUCAGGGUUUAAGGCAGCCAAUAGUCCCCGGCCAGCGCGGAGGCUCGGCAGAGAGGAAAGGAAGCUCUCUUGAGAGGCAGCAUGCACCGAACCUAGAUGAGACAAAGAGCUCCCUGGACCGGCAAGCUAGGACAUCUCUAGAGUGGCAGCGGCAAACCCAGGAGUGGAUAAGCUCUACAGACCGCCAAGAGGAUUUCAGGAAAGCCCAACACAAACAAGCCUUCGGAUCAGAAGAGGCGCUCGUACCAUAUAGUAAACCCAACUUCCCAUCCCCUGGUGGCCACAGCUCUUCAGGAACAUCUUCUUCUAAAGGAUCGACUGGACCUAGAAAAGGUGAAGUCUUGCGAGGAGGUCACCAACGCAAUGCCAGUGACCUUCUCGAUAUAGGCUAUGUGGGAUCAAACAGUCAAGGACAGUUUACUGGUGAAUUAUAGUAGUUGAGAAGACACAUUGCAAGCUGCUCUGAUGGACCAUCAGGUCUGAACUCAUGGAAGUGAUGACACUAAACAGUGCAAUGAACAUUUUCUUUAUUUAUGUACUAUUAAAAGAACUGUAAAUGCAAUGUAAAGACACACAGCCACACAUAUCCCACAGAUUCUUUACUUGUGUUCUUCUCUUUAAUACACCAUCCACCUUAAACUAUUCCUUGUCAGGAGUAUAUAAAAAAGAAAGAAAAAAAAAAAAAUCACCCUCCAGGAUGAAAAGGAUUUCCUUCUGUAUAUAAUUUCUUUUGUUGCAUUGCUAUGCAAGCUCACCUUCUUUUUAGCUAUGUUCAUAUUCAUGUCUGUUUUUACUGGUCUGUUGUACUAUAUGUGAAUUAAUAGGCUGUGGUGCCAUAUAUUAACUUUUAAUUGUGUAACUUUUAUGUUUAAAGUUUGCACUGCAAUUUUAUUUGGUGAUAAGCACAAAACUCUACUCCUCAUGACAUGAAGAAAAAAAGAGACUGAAUGUGUGGAGAAGGUUUACGUCCUGUAAGCUACUUUGGAUAACGCUGGAUGUAAAGGAGUAUGUUAGGUGGUUUUCCACUGGGGUGUAGAAAUGAGAAAGUGACAGGCAAAACUGAUGUCAGUGAAGACAUUAGAGACAGAUUUAAAUCUUUUAAAAGUAAGCAACAUGGUUGCUCUUCCUAUUUAAGAAGGGGUCAGAAGUUGGAAGUGUGAGAUUAAAGGGCGAAUAUGAAAAUUAAAGGUAGCAUGAGAUGGCCUAGACCCUUUCACUAGAAUGAUGCCCUUAGUACCUGUUUUUAGCCAUCCCAUGCCACUAAGGGGAAGAAAAACAAACCUUGCUACAAACAGAAGAACUUAAGGUGUUUCACUAAAGCUGUUUUUAUAUUGCAGUUUUAAAAGAAUUAUUACCGUUAAUUUCUCCAGCCCAAAAUGUAAGACAGAGAUUUUCCAGGAGAAAAGAAAACAAUAUAAACUCAAGGAAUACCUAGCAAGAAGUUAAGAAUGCAAUUUAUUAUUAAGACAUAUUCAGGCUGCUUCCAAAAAAAUUGAAAUGUCAGAGUAUCUUAUUUCAUCUUUGCAAUACAUGUACAGUAGAAUAGAAGAUAGAGCUGCACCACUGAAAUUCAUGACAUUAAUUGUUUUGAUGCAGUCUACACAACCCUUUCUGUUCUGUUACUUGAAGUCUGCAAGAGUUGAAGUUGGAUCCACUAAAUUUGUAGUAAAGUCUUCAGUGUUUGGAAGGAAAGCAAUGGUCAAACUAUUUUUGACUUGCAUUAAAUAUAUUUCUGGCAAUACAAUACAUCCAAAAGUUGGAUAUAAGCAAAGAAAACCUUUGACCUGUGUUUUAGUGAGUGGCUUCAAACCCUACUAUGAUGAGGAAAUAACACGUUUAUACACUUUUUGAAUAAACCAGAAUCUGUAAGUGGACAUUAAUGACAGCAUCCUGUCUCUUCAUUAAUUUUCAUGACUUUGUCCAAAUCUUCUGUACUUCUCAAAUCUGAAUGAGUAAAUUGUCAAGCUUUUCUUAGAAUAUUAUAUGUGGAUAGCCCACCCAUUACUUUGAUGCUUAAUUUAAAUAUUAAAUCUUACAGCUUAUUUCUGUUAGUUAUCUGACCAUGAACACAAGUUUCCAUUGAAUACCUUUUUCAUAUAACCAGUCUAUGUUGUUUUAUAUAUUGCCUUGGAGCUCACCAGUAUUAAGAACACUUUUAGUAAUGGCAGAAUUUUAGAAAAGUAAAUUAAAAUGCUAAAUAUGUGUUGCUUUUCAUUUCAUUAACUUGUUCCAUGAUAAGAUAAAACACUACAGCCAUCAGCUAUAACUCAGCACUACUGAGUAUUUAAAAAAAGCUAGUUAACUUCCUUAAGUCAAGAUGUGUUAUUCAGCAGGUUACAAACAUAAAAACUUGAGAAAAAAAAUGUAUUAAUUUAUUUAUAUAUGUGACCAAUGAUUAUAUGUCAUUUUCCUGCUUUUAAAACAUUACAGUUAAAAACAUUGCUUAAAAAUGUUCAAGUAAGAUAAAGAAUGCCUCAUAAUUACAUAUAUUUGGUUUUAUUUUGAUAUUCUCAUAUAAAGAGAUGACUCUUCAGAGUACCAUUCAAAUUUAAUUCUCUGGAAAAUGUUUAACUCAGUCAUGGAUUGAUUUUUUUUUCCUUUUAAUUCAAAAGCUUGUGCUGAGCUUUGGUGGAACACCUUACUCAUUAUAUUCUAUUCAAAAUUCAGUAUCAUUAGAGGUUGAUAAAGCCAUCCCAAUUACUUUCAAAUAUGUGUUUUAUCUCUUCCACUGGAAAGUAAAUGUGUGUCAGUAUUAAAACUGUGCAGUACCAUGAUAUUCACUAACUUGUCCAUCUGCUUCUGUACAUUUUUGUUCAUUAAUAAUUUGCUUACAAUAUUACAUAAGGUGUUGUUGUGUAUGGCAAAGUGUCUCCAUUAUCUUACAGGUGAUGUCUCUUCUUUUUUUUUCUCUCUCUCUUUUCUAUACAGUGUACUUCCAAUGAACCACAGUACAUAUUUUUUAAAAUACCAUUUAAUUUACUAUUUUAAAAGAAGUAUUCUUCUCUUUUUAAAAAAAAUGAAAACAUUUAUUGUGAAUAAUGUGUUUAAAGAAAAGGGAUGUUGUGGCAGCACUUAGAAUUGUUUUUUAAUUUGUUUUUUUUAAAAACUGUUUAUUGGCUACAGUUUGUUCACGAAAAAGUAUGACCUCUUAAUGUGUUUCAUUGGUAUUGUUAGUGCAGCAAAGUUUAAUUGGCAUAAGAAGUUGGUUAAUAGUACUGUUGAAGUGUGUAUUGUAUAUUUACUGGGGAAAAAAAUAAAACAUAUUCACAUUUCAAAUCUAUGUUAAAAGACCUUGAGUAAGGAGUCAAUAUGUGAAAAGCCAAACUGGGAAAAUCAGGCAAUAAUAACAUAGACUGAGCUAUAAUCAUCACUGUCCACUUACAGGUGACAAGGAAUGUUUUGUGUGCUGGUUUUUGAGUUAAGCCAAGAGCUGUGUUAUAAAUAGGCCAGUGGUAAACAUUGCCUGUCAUAGGGGUUUCUGUUUAAUGUCCUGUCUAUACAGGGAAUAGCUGGACCAGUGUAAUUACCCCGGCCCAGCCAUUCCAGCAAACAUCCUCCGUUUGUACCCGCGCUCUCUCAAUGCCCCGCAAGGACCCAAGUGCUCAGCUCACUUUGCUCACAGCCCAUAAAGCAGUGGGUGUGUAAAACCUGCACUCCGAGGGUCUGAACCCUUGCACUUGGGGCUUUGUGCUGGUGGGGCUUCUGCCAACCCCAUACAGAAUAUCCCCAAAUGGCAAAGAGGUGCCAGGUCAGUUUUUCUCAAUCUUUGCGUUGAGUGCGUGCCCAAUUUUAAACGCAGGAGGGCUGAAGGACCAAAUAAUAAAUGGUUGCAUGUGCUUCAGUGGUGUAUUGCUGUAUAGGCAGCCAUUUCAGUGAUGCAAAGAACAGACAUUUCUUGAUUUUGUAAUUUUUUUUUUUUUUUUUAAUUUCUCAAGCCCUUUCCAAGUCAGUAAACCUUUUGAAUACCUUUUGGUUGUCACCUGAAAUGCAAAAGAAACACCGUUCCUUGGGAAAAGUACAAAAGAUAAGGUGCAUGGAAUGUUUUAAGUGUAUUAAUUUAACUAUACACCAGUGCAAAAGGAAGACAUGACUGUUUGAAAUAAUUAUAUGCUGGUUUAUGCUUGCCUCAGCCCAUGCCUUGCCAGCCAGGAGAAAAGGUGUGUGCUAGGGCUGAGAAAGAGUCCUCACAACUGACAGAGGAAAGGUAAUCGGAUUGGGGGAGAUUUUGGCAGGAACUUUUUUUAAAAACAAAACUACAGGCAGCUCCUUGGGCUUAUCUUCAAUAUAUGCAGUUUGGGGUUUUUUAUGAUUAAUGGACUUGUGAAGAUAUAGGAGAGGAACAAGGAAAAAAAAAAAAAAAGCUGGCCUUUUUUUGUAAAGAUUCAGGGGAACUUGUUUGCCAAGGGGAGGAUUUUUUAAUUUCAUUUUUAUUUUUUAACACAUGUUUUGUGUUCCCUCUCUCUGGAACACAUUAGGCAAAAAAAAAAAAAUAAUUUUGAAAACCAUGUGGGCAAUGGACAUUUUCUUUAGAAGGUACUUUCAAAUAGCAGGAAAAUGGCAAAAAGUAAUACUAAAAUAAGGGACACAUAAACUGGUUUAGAAUCAGCCAAGUCCACCACAGUUUCACAUGUAAUUUGAACUGUAUGGUAAUAUGCAUAAAUUUCAUUGCUUUUGGUUUCCAUACCAAAACAGAUUAUCCAAAAUCCAUAGAGGCCUAGAUCCUUGGGACACUGAUUCUAGUACUUUGUUUUAAAUGUGUUGUUAAUCCAAGCCAGUGAGACUGGAGAAUGUUCAGGGUUGUACAAAGCCCCAACCCUGGCUGCUUGCCCCUCAGGAAGUCUCCAGCUGGGAAGCCCACGUGGCUGUAGGCUCGGUGGGUUUCCGUAGAUCCCAGGCACCCCAUGUGUAGAGGCAGGUUGCUUCCCUGAGGAUGGAGUUUUUCAGGGCAGGGCAGGUCUUUGAUGAGUUAGGCACUGUGGUGGUUUGCACUGGGACCAUUUAGUCAGGCAUUUUGGGACAUCCUCCCCAGUUCCUGGGUCUCAGUGCUGAGCAGUGGAACGCAGCAGAGCAGUGGCACCAAACUCUGCUGUGCGUAGCUUGUUCCCUGCUUCUCUUUAGGACUGACCCUUGCCUGCCAACACUCCUCACCCAAAAGAACAGAUAGGACUCACAGCUUUGCCAUGGGACCCAGAGGAGAAGUAGGGCCGUGCCUGUGUGCUGGGAAGGUGGACUGGUUAUUUGGGAGAGCCAGCUCUGAGUUGCACUGUUGGUGUGAGGACUGGAUUCCUCUCUAGCCUGACUUUGUUUAAGUGUAGCCACAUCCAGGAAGACCACAGCAGAAAACAAGUUCCUAGAGCACAGCUCAGCCUUGCAGCAUCUCUUCUGGCAUUCAGUCUGUCGUAGACAAUCCUGAGUUCAGUGCCAGCUUCUCGCCACAUCCUGAGGGCUCUUUAGGCAAGUGAGGAUGUUCCUCUCCCUGCAGCAGAAUGGAAAAAAACCCCAAUCAAGCAAAACAAACAAACAAACAAACUAAGCCUUUCACUUAAACAGAAAUAUUUUAAAACAAUCCUCAAAAAUCCUAGAAAACAGAACAUUUCAGAUGUAUGUUUGAUGAUUUUCUUUUUCUUGGCAUUUUGUUUUUGCUACCAUUGAAAUGAUCCAUUUGUUUUUUUCAGACCUGCUACACUCUCCCUCCACCCCUUUACCCCCUGUGUUUUCUGGUACUUAUCUUUCAGGUGUAAAGAAGUUAUGGUAGAGAAUAAUUGCAUUUGUGUACUUUCAUUGUUCUAACUUUAAACAACAAGGUGCACAGUUGCAUUCAGUUCAAUUGAUCAAAGCCAGAUGGGGAUGAAAUGUUUGUGGUUGUUUUUUUCCUAAAAAGGCCUGCUACUAUUUGUGCUGAUAUUUGUUCCCCAUUUAUGCUGAUCAGUGCAUCUUUUGCCUUCAAGGAUGCCAUUAGUAAUUCUCCUUUGUGUUCAUAAGCAGGAAUCCAUUGUGCAGCACUUGGAGAGCCACUCGGAUGCAGGUAAAGAAUAUAACAGCUUGAGCAAGUGCUAAUUAGAACCAAUUAAAGUUAAUUGACCUCCUUUGGCAGUAAAAUGCAUAAUAGAACUUGCUCUGUCCUUGCAAAAUGGAGAUCUCGCCUCUAAGCAUAAGAGUGAAGCAGGGUUUCAUGUAGCAGCCUGUAGUAAUUAUGUGGGUAUAACAACUAGGAAGCGGCUUGCUACAAUUUGUUCUAAUAACUGGUCUCUACUGUAUCAGGGCAGUGCAAUAAAAGUGAGAUUUCUGCUUCAGUCUAUUUAAAAACAUAAUUUUUACGGAGCAAAUGAGCAUCCCAAGAUACCGAUACUAAUCUCUAGGAAUGAGUUGGCAGAAAAAAAUAGAGAGUCCCUUUUAUAGGUAAGUAAUGGUGUGAGCAUAAAAAAGAAGGCAGCUUUUUUGCCUGCCAGCUGGAAAUGGCUCUGAUGCUCAGAGGCUGUGUCUAUCCUGAGUAGUGGGAGUAAGCCCUGGUGGGCCUGCAGUGGUGCCUUGCAAUGAGGUUGUCUUCUGCAGGCUUCUGUUCGAAAAGGGGCACUGGCAUCCACCCACCUGAGGUUUGUGCUGCUGUGGGACUGCACCACUACCACGGGCACUGGUUUGGACACAGUCAGAGGUAUCCAAAUAAAAGAGAGAGAAAGAGCUGGGCAAAAGAAUGAAGGGUAGGAAAUGUAAAAUUGUGUGAAUUCAAAAGCAUCGGUGGUGGGCGCUAAACUGUACAUCGCUGUGAAAAGUUGAAAAGCCAUUCUUAUUAGUAAAAGAGAAUUGAUCCUGUUUCCAUGACCAUGCUUUGCUGACUUUUUCCUUGGCAGGAACUGAAUGCGACUGAUUUUGCUGCUAACUUGGCCUUACUAUGAACAGCAAUAAAGGUGUUAGUCAGGUGGGGACUUUGAUGUGACCAAUAACAUCACUCUCCCUUCAGGGAAUGUUCUGUGCUGGCUUGUUAAUGAAUUUCUUUCCUAAUGAGUAUCAUUAAAAACCCUUUGAUUAGC